CCCGUGCAGAGAAUGAAUUACGUCGGGCAGUUAGCGGGCUCCGUCCUAGGCCGUGUGAGGGACCUGUAUAACGGGGUGAAUCCAGCCACUCUCUCCGGCUCCAUUGAUGUGGUGGUUAUUAGACAACCAGACGGGUCUUUCCGAUCUUCUCCAUUCCACGUGCGCUUUGGCAAACUGGGAAUUCUCCACUCUGCCGAAAUGGGGGUGGAUAUUGAAGUGAAUGGGGAGCCGGUGGACCUACAGAUGAGGCUUGGAGAGAAUGGAGAAGCUUUUUUCCUGCAAGAGAUGGAAACUAACGAGUGCUCAGAAGCCAUCCCUCCAUCUACCACCUGCUCUCCCCUUCUCCAGAAAUCUCCCCAACUUCACCAAACAUCAGUCUUUGACCCUCCAAUGCCUCCUGCGGACCCCCACGCCCUCCCCUCGUCCUCAGACACCCCUACAAAGAGGCAGCGAUGGGUACAGAGGGCAAGGAGGAUAAGUGAAGAACGCUCGUCUGGGACCCAUGAGGAGGACCAGAACAAUUUAUUUUCUGCUCGCGAUUCCAUGUAUUUCUCAUUCUGUGAUGUCCCAGAACAAUUGUCGCCAUCUCAGUCUACAGAUUUUUUUGCCUGCUCUGACGAGGAGCUCCCAAUUCAACACCUAAGUCGGUCACCAUCACCGAAAAGUGACUCUGAACUGGAACUGAGACCCCCAAAUUCACCUUUUACUGAACAGAGCAUGGAAUGGGACUGGGGGCGAUUCCCACAGCUGAGCCGGUCGGAAUUGACACCGCAGAUGUCACAGUCUGCACCCCCCAGCCCCACCAACAAGGAAUCCCCUCUGAUCCGUUCUUCACAACUCCUGGAACAAAGGGAUCCACUUCCCACGAAGGGGCAAGAAAACUGCGUUUCACAGGUUAACAAAGCUCUGGCAGAUCCACCUGACCUACCUGAGAUGUUCGACCAAAGGGGCCAGCUAUUGGUGGAGACACAAUCAGAACUUUCCACUGGACCUCCGAAUCCAGCACCUGAAGAAGUUCUAUCCCCAGAAUCUCAGGAAGUGUCUCUCUACUUCCCUAACAGUGACCCCCAUCCACCACCAGCACCUCCGAACAAGCAGAAUGUCUCCCAACAAGCGUUGGAUGAACACUUGGACACCUUGGAAUCCCAGCAGAAGGAUUCUAUGGCCUUGUCGCUUUGUGGUGGCCUCACAGACAGCUGGGACAUUGCUAUGGAAAUCUUCCUGAAACACCAGAUAUCAUACUUUGAAUUCUGUCAAAAUCCUUCACUCAUAGAAGACCCCAGGCUGGUGGUGCGGAUUGAAGACAAGUUCUACAACUGGGCGGCUGCUGCCCCUAUCAUUCUGUGUAUGCAAGUCUUCAACCGAGAGCUGCCCCAGGGGGCCAUUGAUCAACUUUCACAACAAAAGAUGCCUCCAAGGUCACGUGGUUGGUGGUUCUCCUGGCGCAGAAGAAAUCUCCCCGAACAACCGUCACCCCACUCUCUUCAUCACUCCCCACUCACACAGCAAGUGUCCAAACCCAACGAGGAACAGAAUGAAGAUUCCAGCCAACAUAGCUUGGCGGAGAAGGAAGAAGAGCAAUCAGAAGCCCUCUUUACAACAGCCCAGCGCCCCCAGUAUCAGAGAUCCCUACGUCUGACGUCAGAGCAAAUAAAACGCUUGAACCUGCGGAAUGGAGCUAACGAGGUUGUGUUCAGCGUCUGUACAAAGUUUCAGGGGACGUGUCGUACUCGUGCGGAGGUCUACCUGUGGGACAGUAACGACCGCAUCAUCGUGAGCGACAUCGACGGCACAGUCACCCGGUCUGACACUCUUGGCCACAUUUUACCGCAGAUUGGAAAGGACUGGACUCAACAGGGAAUUGUCCAGCUGUACCACGCCAUCCAUAGGAAUGGCUAUAACUUCGUGUAUUGUUCUGCACGCUCUGUGGGUCUGGCUGAACUCACCAAGAACUUUCUACAGAGAAUAAGUGAAGGGGGCUGUUCUUUGCCCCCGGGACCCCUCUUACUGUCUCCCAGCAGUCUUUUUACUGCCCUGCACAGGGAGGUUAUCCUGAAGACUCCGGAACAUUUUAAGAUUUCGUGCCUCUCCGACAUCCGUCAGCUCUUCCCGGACCCCCAGCCUUUUUACGCUGCCUUUGGAAACAGGCAUAAUGACGUUGUGGCCUAUAAGGAGGUCGGAGUACCCGAAUCGCGAAUCUUCACCGUGAAUCCAAAGGGAGAACUGGCCCAGGAGAUGAACUCCAGCUUCAAGUCCUCGUACUCUGCUCUGUGUGAGUUGGUGAACGUCAUGUUUCCCCCUCUGUCCUCAUCUGCGGGGUCAGCGAUGCUGUCUUCGGAAUUCGGUCAAUUCUCCUUUUGGAGGGACGCUGUGGCCAGUGUCAGCGAAGAGGAAUUAUCACAGAUCUCCUAGCAAUUCUCUGGCCAGU